AAGGCUUUGAAAAAAUAGUUUAAUGAUACUCAAGUUUGACUAAGCGAUUAGAACUUAGAAGUGCCAUGGGAGACGAACCACUUCUUCAGAAAGCCAGGAUUCAAGAAGACAUUGAAUCAGAUAAAGGCAUUGGUGUAAAUGACAGCGACGGUGACGGUCCCGUUACUUUAAUUCUACUCUUCACAACCUUCACUACUCUCUGCGGUACCUUCUCCUAUGGCACUGCCGCCGGCUUUACAUCACCAGCUCAAACGGGGAUCAUGGCAGGACUUAACCUCUCUUUGGCUGAGUUCUCAUUCUUUGGAGCUGUCUUAACAAUUGGUGGACUUGUGGGAGCCGCGAUGUCGGGAAAACUUGCUGAUAUCUUUGGUCGAAGAGGCGCUUUGGGGGUUUCAAACUCGUUUUGCAUGGCCGGCUGGCUUAUGAUCGCCUUCUCUCAGGCGACUUGGUCCCUUGAUAUCGGAAGACUUUUUCUCGGGGUCGCAGCUGGCGUAGUCUCUUAUGUGGUACCAGUCUACAUUGUUGAAAUCGCGCCCAAAAAGGUCCGAGGCACGUUCUCUGCGAUUAACUCGCUCGUGAUGUGUGGUAGCGUCGCCGUCACAUACCUCCUUGGAUCAAUCAUUUCAUGGCAAAAAUUAGCUCUCAUAAGUACGGUUCCUUGUGUUUUUGAAUUCGUCGGUUUAUUCUUCAUACCGGAGUCUCCUCGGUGGCUGUCUAGAAACGGUCGGGUGAAAGAAUCGGAAGUUGCACUCCAACGCCUACGAGGAAACAACACUGAUAUCACUAAAGAGGCUGCAGAAAUCAAAAAAUAUAUGGAAAAUCUUCAAGAAUUCAAAGAAGAUGGUUUUUUGGAUCUCUUCAAUCCCCGAUACUCUCGUGUCAUUACUGUGGGAAUUGGAUUGCUAGUACUACAACAACUCGGAGGUCUCAGUGGCUAUACAUUUUACUUGAGCUCCAUUUUCAAAAAAUCAGGGUUUCCUAACAACGUAGGAGUAAUGAUUUCGAGCGUGGUGCAGUCCGUGACAAGCGUUUUAGGAAUAGUAAUCAUAGAUAAAUAUGGAAGACGAUCCCUUUUAACGGUUGCGACUGUCAUAAUGUGUUUGGGGUCAUUAAUUACAGGACUAUCGUUUUUGUUUCAGAUUUUUCUAACUUCAAUCACAAUCGGAAUAGGAGGCAUUCCAUGGGUCAUGAUAUCCGAGAUGACACCGAUCAAUAUAAAAGGAUCAGCAGGGACGCUAUGCAAUCUAACUAGCUGGUCUAGCAAUUGGUUCGUCUCUUACACAUUCAACUUCCUCUUCCAGUGGAGCUCUUCUGGUGUGUUUUUCAUAUAUACAAUUAUAUCGGGUGUGGGCAUCCUAUUUGUGAUAAAGAUGGUACCAGAGACUCGAGGUCGUUCGCUCGAAGAGAUUCAAGCUACCAUUACUCGAUAACUUUGUAAAAUAUCAAUAUUUCUUUUAUUUUUACUUGGUGUCAAAUUCAUAUAAUUGUAUACAUGGCCUCCCUCACUUAUCAAUUAAUUCAGAAUUGUUUG